GCGCGGGCGGUUCGCGAUGGCUGGCGUGGAGCUAUUCUCGCAUCCCGCGCUCCACACGCGCUACCGGGCCGGGCUCUGCUCCGCUGCGGCGCUGGCGCUUUUGCUCAUCACGGUGCUCACCUAUGUGCCGCCGCUGCUGGUGGCCUACCGGAGCCACGGUUUCUGGCUGAAGCAGAGCACGUACCUGGAGCAGCCCACUGUGCGGUUCCGGUACGAGGUGCUCUUCGUGGCCACCAUCGGGCCCGGUCCAGGCAGCUUCUUGGCAUGGAGCACGUUCCCGGCGUUCAACAGGCUCCAGGAGGACCGGCUGCGAGUCCCACUCCUGUCGACUAGAGAAGAAGACAAAAAUCAAGAUGGCAAAAUGGAUCAGUUGCAUUUUAAAUUGGAACUUCCGCUACAACCUACGGAGCAUGUAGUUGGUGUUCAGCUGAUUCUACUCUUUUCCUACGAGCUUUAUAGAAUGUCAACACUUGUGAUGCAGAGCAUGGCUUUUCUUCAGUUUUUUUCUCCUGUGCCAGGGUCUCAACUCUAUAUGAAUGGAGACCUGAAAUUGAACCAGAGACAAUUACUUAACCAUUGUGGACUGGAUACCAGAUACAAUGUGUCUGUGGUGAAUGGCACAAGUCCUUUUGCGAGUGACUACGAUCUAACAAACAUCAUUGCAGCAUAUUGGGAUAGAAAUGUGACAACAGUAUUUUCAGAUCCCAACCCUGUUUGGAUGACUGGAAGAGCAACAGAUACACCAUUUAUCAUUAAUGCCACUAUUCGUUACCCAGUGGAAGUUAUCUCAUAUCAGCCAGGAUUUUGGGAAAUUAUUAAAUUUGCCUGGAUUCAGUAUGUCAGCAUUCUCUUUAUCUUUCUCUGGGUGUUUGGUAGGAUUAAAAUGUUUGUGUUCCAGAAUCAGGUGUUGACUACAACUCCAAUAUCACCCAUUCUGCCAGUGUCUCCAGUACUGUCCUACAAACAGCACCUGUCCUGAGGAGAUGCCUGAGAACACUUUUAAGAAAUGCGGUUCAAAAAUAGAUACCUGCUUUUAUUCUCUAUACACUUUUUACUUUGGAAGAUCAGAACUUUCUAAGUAUGUUCCAAGUAUGCUCUGUUCGUGCUUCCUUUUUAAAUGCAUGUUCAUUUAUCUAUUUCUCUGGGAACACUGCUUUGGGACUGGAAAUUUUAAUAUUUUUGACAGUUAAAGAACCUAGUUAUUUUUUGCAAGGAGAACACACUUCCAAAACCAUUAGAAAGCAGUGAGACUGCUUUUGCAUGAUCUUAAUUUUGCUAAACCUUGAAGACUGAAAAUAAUAUGCUAACAGUAACAACAUAAGCCAUUUUUACUGUCUGGUAAAUUAAUUCACUGCUGAGUUAGAGUUCCGUCAAGAGCUUUUGUACGUGCAUUUGCGCACUAUGAUAGGAAAAGGAAGGAAUGUGGAAAAAAAAUGUAUGCAUGAGUUAAGGUCAGAGCCACACUUCUGUAACUGUGGUUAUACAUGCUCACCAAUUUAGUUAUUGGAUGAUGGAUAAAUUCAAGGUUGAUGUGAGAAACUGGGUUGUGGGCGAUAGUGUCUGCAAGGUUUUCACAAUCAUUUACUAUUGGCAUUGUAACUGUAGCACUAAACCAUUAAUUGUUAAUAGAGGACAGUAAAACAGAGAAGCCUGGUAUUUAAUUAAAGAAAAUGAACAAAAAAAAACUAUCAGAGAAGCUUCAGAGUUCCAAGGCAAGUGAGUAAUUACUUUCAGAACUUAAAUGAUAACUUAGAGCAGAUAAAAAUUAUAUCAAUUAUAAUCACCUGGUGAGCACUGAAAGACUAUGUCCCUCAUUCUGGAUUAGCAGGAGGGAAAGUGGUAGGGAAGAUUAUUUAUUUUCUCUUUCUGGACUUACUUUUUAUGGCAGACAAGCUUGCAUUUCUCCCAAUUUUUACACUCUGGAUGGACUCCAGUCUAUCCUUCAAUGCAAGUGAAACAUUAAUGUGGGGAGCUCUGUCUUGGUUAUUCAGCAAACUUUUGUGCUUUUGAAACUUACGUAUGUACUUGUGAACUGUAAAUUAUUGCAAGGAGCAUUUGCUAUUUAUACAUCUAUAUAUUUUGGGUUGAAAUUUCCAGUUUGCUCUUUGAAGUUUGUACCUGGCUGUCUAGGACCACUGAUAAUUGGCUUCGUAUCAGAGUGCACAGAGUCAAAGCAACCGUCUACUGUUUUUUAGUGUUUCUAGGCACUACACAAGAUAAAUGAAGGGGCCGGUGAGCUUGUUUCCCCCAUACCUCAAGCUGAUGUACAUCCAGUCUGCUGUAGUCCCAGCUCUUCUCUUUUGCAGUGGUGAUAGUGCUUGUGUGACUGCAUGAAUUAAUCCAGGGAGUUCAUUAUGGUGAAGAUCAUCUUUACCAAAUAUACUCACUCUUUCAGACAAGUCAGUUCCCUGAAUGAACUUGAUAUGUCUCUGCACAAGCAUUAGUGUGGGCAUAAGCAAGGGAUAGAAAGCUCUGCAGAGACCACAGAACUCCCAUUUUAGGGGUUUGAGCUGUUGCACUCCCAUAAAAAUGGCAUGCCUGACAUUCCUCUAAGCUGAACAGAAGCCCGUUUAAGGUAGCAACUUGAACAUGAAAGAGGGCAAUGUCAGAAAACAACAAGAAUACUGGGAAACCCUAUCUCGCUUUUCUCUCCUAUUGUAUCCUUCCACAUUAACAAAUGAUGCUGCUCAGAGCAACAGUUCAGUGAAUGCAUGUGAGAGAAAAAGUGGUGAAUAGGUCUGGUUUAGGAAAUACAGAGAAAAUUUUCCUUACAUUCUAUUUUCCUUUAGAAGAAAGCUGGAAAAAAUCCUCUACAGUAAUUUAAGAGGACAACUAUUUAACUUAAAUAGGAGGAAAUCAAAGAGUUAAUUGCUUGCAGGUGGCGUGUAAUGGUUUAGUAUGACCUGAAGCAAUCCCUCCAUUUCUUUUGAAAAGAGUUGUGUUUCACAGCUGGGACUAGCAAGCGAAUGCAGUGUAGAAGGAGCAGUAAAGGCAUAUGUGACUAUAGCAGGGGGAAAAAAAACCCAAACCCUGUUUGUGAUACCUCUGUUAUGGUAACUUCCUGGAUCACCUUUAUACUGACCAUAGUUCUUGGUUCAUAUUUCUGACUCCUAUUUUCAAGCUUGGAGAGGCAUUCUACUUCUGUAAGUAACCAACCAAGAGAAAAAAGGUAGGUAGGAUUUUAUGGCUGUGGCAGUAAAUUGACAGACAAGGUAUUUUUUCCUUGUACUUCAGUUUACUGCUACAGCCUGAGAAGCCACUGCAACUAGCAUUAAAGGAGGUGUAGGAAGGAGGAGUCUUUUUUGGAAGGCUCUCUGUAAGGACACUUCCUUUAGCUUGCUAAGCAACAGAAAAUAAAAAGUAAAAAUACCACUGCAAUCCACCACAGUGCUACUACGUGGAUCUUCUGUGUACACAUAUGCCAGACAGCAAUCUAAAUGCUGCUCAUUGAUGAGGAUGCAGAGGCAUGUUAGGAUUAAUCAGGUGUCUGUAAGUGGCUCUGUAAGAGGAAGAAGAAGUAAGUAGCUGGUUAAAAGUCCUGUGUAUAAAUGAAAGAGGGAAUGUGGACAUGCGAGAGCCAUGCUUCAGGAGUUUUUUAAGGGGUGAUGCUGGGACGAAAGAAACCACCCCUAUGUUUAUUUGUUAACUAGCCAAGCAGCCUGUUUGUGGGGGUAGGUCCUUUUAGUUACCCCUUGCACGA